AAACUUCUACAAGAAAGUGGGAUAAAGCAAGUGUGGGGCAGCCGGCAUAUAAACUUGUACGUUAUAAAUCGUAUGAUAGGCGAUAUCGGCAUAGGAUUCGGAAUAGAAAUUCGAAAUGGACUUGGAAUGGGAAGGGUGGAUAAAAGGUUGGCAGUGAGAUGGAUGAAGCGGGAUUUUCGCCAUAUUGUUGAUGCCGACGGGCGACUGCGCAAGUGGCGCUCGACGAAUCGGCUCAAAAGUACGCGAGCUGUAGCGACACUGAACCAAGUGAGCGCGAGCGCUACUGCGCAGCUCGUCCUGGUCGUUUGCACAUGGUUCGUCGUUCGCCGUUCGUGGUGUUUCGUUAAUUCGCCAGUCCUCCAGUCGGUCCGGUCGGUGUUCAUUUCGUCCCUUCUCUCUGUCCCGUAGUCUCAUUCUAAUCGUCACGGUUUCGCCAAGACGUCGAGUUGUCGGGCAGUUUAGCAGUUCGGCAGUUAGCUUCAGGCCGGCUGUGAGUUCGUUUACUCUCAUCUCGUUGUGAUUCGCCGACAGCCGAGGAGAGCACGAGCCAUUGUCGCGUGCGUGUGCGACGCGAGGAGCAGCAGUCGCUCGACGCCAGCUUUACUUUUGGAACGGAGUUGUCUACCACAGAGGAGAUGGCUUUCAACGGGGACGGGCCCCACUCCAAGAGGCAGAGGCUAGAGGAGUCCGGCCACAGGAAUCACGAGUAUAGCGGAUAUGGAGAUGAACCUCGACGUAAAAGGGAAGACAAUAAUAAGCCCAAUCACGUGCUACUUUUAACAGUCAUUAAUCCAGUGUAUCCAAUUACUGUGGAAGUUUUACAUGCUAUUAGCCAUCAAAGUGGCGAGGUACAACGUAUCGUUAUCUUUAAGAAGAACGGAGUACAAGCUAUGAUAGAAUUUGACUCGGUGGAGUCUGCUACAAGAGCAAAAGAAGCACUUCACGGUGCAGAUAUAUAUUCAGGCUGCUGCACAUUGAAAGUUGACUAUGCCAAGCCAUCGAAACUAAAUGUUUAUAAGAAUGACUCUGAAAGUUGGGAUUACACUACGCCAUCAUUAGGAGCAGGAGCGCACAAAAAUGACGCCACUGGAAACGGAAGACCGGCACCUCUACUUGCCGAACCUCGUUAUGGAGCUGCUCCUCAGCCAUAUGGUUCGACGGUUACUACUGGUGGAGUGCAGUUUGGAGCUAGCACUGGAGCCCACGAUAGAUACGAAGAUGGUUUCAAUGGUCCAGCAGCAUAUGCCGAACCUUAUGUCGAGCGCUACGGAUUAAAGACGGCCGCAGAGUUCACGGGUCGUGAACCCCUGCAUCCUACACCACCUCGACCGGGCUACGUUCCAGCAUUAGGUCAAACUCCGGCCACUAGUAGCCAGGGCUCCGUCAUGAUGGUAUACGGACUACAACCUGACAAAGUUAAUGCAGAUAAACUUUUCAAUCUGUUCUGUUUAUACGGAAACGUCACCAAGGUCAAGUUCCUCAAAACCAAAGAGGGAUGCGCUAUGAUACAAAUGGGCGACAGCAUAGCCGUUGAACGAUGUCUCCAGAACCUCAACAAUGUCACUAUCGGUCAAGAUGCUAAACUCCAACUUGGCUUUUCUAAACAAGCUUUUCUAUCUGACGUUACCAAUCCAUUCGUUCUACCUGACAAAACGCCCAGUUUUAAGGAUUUUACUGGCAGCAAAAAUAAUAGGUUUUUAAAUCCAGCAAUGGCCAACAAGAAUCGAAUACAACCACCUUCGAAAAUAGUUCAUUUUUUCAAUACACCUCCUGAUCUUACUGAGGAAACAGUGAAUCGUGUAUUUGUAGAACGCGGCAUUGAACCACCUACGACGAUCAAACUUUUUCCUCUCAAAUCCGAACGAUCUUCUUCAGGCCUCAUCGAGUUUAGUGGUGUAGGUGUAGCAGUAGCAGCUAUUAUGGAAUGCAACCACACCGCCCUCGAAAAUAGCAUUACAGAUGGCAAAUUUCCGUACAUAAUGAAGUUAUGUUUUUCGUCGUCCCGCACCAUACCCAGCAAUUUCCCACCUAGCAGCGGUGGCAGCUCAUCCUCCACUUCGGCUAACAAUGGUCACGUCAAAAUGCAGCAAGACUCGGAAUAGAACGGCGAGGCCCUGGGUCAGCAGCGUCAGCGUCAGCAGCAGCAGCAACACCACCA